AUGGUGGUGGGCGCGUUCCCUAUGGCGAAGCUGAUCUACCUGGGCAUCCGGCAGGUCAGCAAGCCGCUCGCCAAUCGUAUUAAGGAAGCCGCUCGCCGAAGCGAGUUCUUCAAGAACUACGUCUGCCUCCCGCCGGCCCAGCUGUACCACUGGGUGGAGAUGCGGACCAAGAUGCGUAUCAUGGGCUUCCGGGGCGCAGCCAUCAAGCCGCUGAACGAGGAGGCGGCCGCCGAGCUGGGCGCCGAGCUGCUGGGCGAGGCCACCAUCUUCAUUGUGGGCGGCGGCUGCCUGGUGCUGGAGUACUGGCGCCACCAAGGGCAGCAGCGCCACAAGGAGGAGGAGCAGCGCGCCGCCUGGGGCGCCCUGCAGGACGAGGUGGGCCGCCUGGCGCUCACCGUGGAGGCGCUGCAGGCGCAGGUGCAGGCGGUGCCUUCGCAGAGCGCCCUGGAGGAGCUCAGGGCGCACCUGCGGGAGGUGCACGCCCAGGUCUGCGCCCCGGAUGGACCCCCCUCGACCCAGAAAGUUCCCGCCGCCCGGGCAGCACCUGGGACCCAGGCAGCAACCACGUGCGAGAAGUAG